GUACGUGGCGAAGGAGGGUUGCUUAGUGUGUAUUUGAAAGAGCUCAGCAAGUGGGUCAGUUGAAACUCACCCAUUUAUGACAAGGCUCUAUCCCACCCCCUUGGUCGAGUGUAUGUUUGCUGUGUAAACCUGGGAAUAUAAAUGGGAGGGACAGGACAGCAUCUGUAAUGCUGCGCCGGUUACGGGUGUCUCUCCGGCAGGUGGUGAAUCAGAUGGCCCGGAGACCUGAUGUUCUGUGUGGAGCCAUAGUGCUGAGUUGCCUCCUUAUCCUCGCUAUCAAAUUAACCUGCAGCCGUGCAAAGCACGUGGUUGCCCCAGCACGACCUCCUGUCCGCUUCUUUUCCCACGAUGCCCCAGUGGUGGACCUCUUCCUGGGGCAGCUGGAGCAGGUGGAGAGGCUGCGGAGCCUGGCUGAGGUCUCCCUCAUCUUCCUCUAUGCCCCUUGGUGUGCCCAUUCUAUCACUGCCAGAGAAGAAGUCCAGAAAGUUGCUAGGAGGCUGUCCAAAGAGGUGCAGUUUAUUGCUGUCAACUGCUGGUGGCAUCAUGGUAAAUGCAGGAAGCAGCAAAACCUCUAUCAGUAUCCAGUUAUUCACCUGUUUUACAGAAGAUUUGGGCCUAUUGAGUACAAGGGGCCCUCCACAGCAGCUUAUCUAGAGAGGUUUAUCCGCAGGGUCAUCACCCCACUCACUUACCUUCCAUCCCGAGCCGUACUACAAGACUUCCUCUCCAGUUAUGAGCCUGGAGUAAUAGGGUAUUUUGAGUUCAACGCUUCACCACAGCCUCCUGGAUAUAUGAUAUUUCUCACUUCAGCCCUGCAGGCCCUGAAGAGGGAUUACCGAGGUGGUGUUAGAUUUGGAGUGGUAACGAACAAGCACGUGGCAGAGGCAAUCUCACUGCAGGAGGAUGAGGCGGUCUACAUGCACCGACACUUCAACAAGUCUCUGAUUUUCCCGCGGGCAGAGCAGAACUUUACGUCGGAGAAUAUCUGCGGCUGGGCGUACGAGCACAGGGAGACAAUACUGCGCUGGCUGCAGCCCCAUGGAGGCAAGAGCAGGCUGAUGGAGCAGGAGCUGGGCAAGGGCGCCGCGCUGCUCUUCUUCCUGCCCUUUGACCCCUUGGCCCCAAGUCAGCCCCUCGUGCAGCAGAUUGCAGACAUAGCCCUGCAGUACCACACCUGCAACGACAGCGAUUGGUGGGAGAGUGGACACACUUCCUGGGAUGGCUUGUGGCAGCUGAGCGGAAGGCUGGCCGUCGCCGGCACCCACUGCUGCAACACGGUGGUCCUUCCCUGCCUCGACACCGUCUCACAUACGCGCAACGUGUGUGAGCUCUGCCUUGCCCGGUCCCCCCCGGGGCAGCCCGGCGCUGCCCGGUCCCCACACUGCCCCUUCCACCGCAUGAAGGCCGCACUGGACUCCUUCUACCUCAAACGGAGCGCUUUCGCCCGCCUGCUGGCCCGCGGCACGGCCUGCAGCAACGUGGUCCAUUCCUACAGCCCCUCCAGCCGCUUCAGCGCCUGCUGUAAGACCGUCGGGCCGAAGGUCGUCUCCCCGCCGGCCCCUCGAGAGCCUCCUCCGCAGGCCUCUGGCGCCCAGGCCGCCAAUAUCACAGGGCUUAAGUGCAGGACUAAUAAGACUCUGAGGUUUUACCUGCUGGACUCUCACCUGCACUGGACGUUUGCAGCGAGGCUGGGGGCGCGAGACAAUGUCCGCCAGGCUGAGUUUGCUGCUAUUGUGAAUCUGCCGGAUGAAGUGCACUACGUUCUUGACCACAGGGAAAGUCUCAAGGAGACCUUGGAGCAAUUCAUCUGGAACUACAGCGUUCCUUAUAGUCCUCUGAAAAGGCACCUGGUUGGUGCUUCUGUGCCAAAGUCCCCGGACUCCUUAAUCAGAGAAGUGACGACAGCCUCAUUCCUCAGCAUAGUCAUGGACCCUGAGAAGGACGUCCUCCUGUUCUACUACACACACUGGUGUGGGUUUUGCUCAGCCCUCAACCAUAUCAUCAUCCAGAUCGCUCGCCUUUUCCAGGGGAAUGGCAAGAUCACUGUUGCCAGGGUUAAUGCUGCCCGGAAUGACCUUCCAUGGGAAUUCAUGGUUGACCACUUCCCCACACUUCUCUUUUUUCCCAGGGAAAGCAGAGUGAAGUUCCUGAAGCUGGUUGUUUGCCUGCUGCUUGCCCAUUUUUGCUGGUUGUUUGCAUGUUUUUUGUUUUUUUUUAUCCCAUCCCUUGUGUCUUGUUGGAUUGUCAUAAGAAUGUGUUAUCAAUGAACCUACCUGUUUUAUUACGGUUAUCAAGGCUUCAUAAAAUAAUUGGUCGUUCCCAAGCCAGAUACAGUACAUGUAAUCUAGCAAAGCAGACACUAUGAAUCGCUGGGAAUGUUAUCUUUGAUUGAAUUACCUGGAGUGAAUGGCAUUCUCAUAAAUAAUAAAUAAAAAACUGAACUGUGUGAUUGAGAAUCACACCGUUUGUGAAAUGUCUGCUACACUGACUAAAAUGGAAAUGUUAACUUUUCCAGAUUAGUGUGAACUCGAUUGUGCCUGUGUUGCUUAGAAACUAGAGCCCAUGAUGUGGAGGAGUAAGGAAAUGGUGAAAUGUCUGAUUUAAGAAUCUGACUCAGUUCUUGUCAAGUGGUUGACUUCUCGCUCAAAAUGGAACAUGCGUGUUCUAUUCCAACAUUUGAGGGUAGGAUUACAAAAUGCAGCUGUGCAAUGCAGCUGAUAAAAUGUCAGAGGCCAGGUGACUGAAUGCUUGGUGGUGAAUGGCAGUGCAAGAGGCUGGCCCCAUGGACAGAUUCAUCCUGUCUGUUCCGUGUCCAUACAUCUUCGAUGAUGACAAAAUUUUUCAUCCACUAUCAUCAGCCAGUUUCACCAUUUCACCAGACCACUUGGUAUCUAGAAUAGAACAGGACCGCAAAGUGAUGGAUGGCUUCCUGCCAAAGUGGCUGGUAGACUUACCAGCCACAAAUACAUUUUUAGCAGCUAGUGGCUGGUGUUAAUUUGCCACCCUGGUACGCUGAUGCCACAGCAGUGAGCUGAUAAGGUGUAGUUCACUUCCUUACUGUAGCUAUUGAUUUGUACUAGAUGUGAAAUACUUUCAUUACAAAACAGAGACUGUACUUACUGUUCAGUCAAAUCAUGAGCCAGGAUGUUGCAAUUUCAAUCUUCCUCUUCCAUAAAGCCAUUUGGGUGUGAUGUCUAUAAUGGAACAUUGCACAUUUGCUUGGGGCGAGCUGAACUGAAUUUACACGCUGUCCUUGCACAGGAAGCACUUGAGCGUGAAGUUCCCGGAGGACCUCCGUGUCACCCUGCCGAACCUCGUGCGCUUCGUCCUGCGGCACUCCAGCCUCCCGCAGCGCGAGGGGGCUCGCACUGGCCUCCUGGAGGAGGAGCUGCGGAGGCUGCAGG